UGAAUGAUAGGAGGAUGGUGUGAAAGGGAGCGCAGCAGAGGAAUCAGAAUCGCGUUUGGGAGAAGAAGAGCAAAAUCGCUGUGAAAAUGAGCGGAACGGUGAAGAAAGUUAGCGAUGUAGCAUUCAAGGUGGGAAGGAACAUCGAUUGGGAUGGAAUGGCGAAGCUUCUGGUCUCCGAUGAGGCUCGCAGGGAGUUCUCCAAUCUCCGUCGCGCUUUCGACGAGGUUAACUCCCAACUCCAAACCAAGUUUAGCCAGGAACCUGAGCCCAUUGAUUGGGAUUACUAUAGAAAAGGAAUUGGCACUCGUUUGGUGGAUAUGUACAAGGAGCAUUAUGAGAGCAUUGAGAUCCCCAAGUUUGUUGAUACAGUAACUCCUCAAUAUAAGCCUAAAUUUGAUGCCCUUUUGAUUGAGCUUAAAGAAGCAGAGGAGAAAUCUCUGAAGGAGUCUGAGCGCUUGGAAAAGGAAAUUGCUGAAGUACAAGAGUUGAAGAAAAAGCUUAGUACCAUGACGGCAGAUGAGUACUUUGAAAAGCAUCCUGAGCUGAGGAAGAAGUUUGAUGAUGAGAUCAGGAAUGAUAACUGGGGUUAUUGAUUUUUCAAUUAGCAAAAUGUCAGGUUGAUGUUGUUCUGGCUGGUUUAAUAAUAACUACAUUGAUUUCUUUGUAACUCGGUUCUCUUUUUCAGUUCAAAGGAUCUUAUAUAUUACAGUGUCGAAAUUUUUUGUGGUACUGUAGUUAAUCACUUAAGACUUAACCACAAAAGUGCGGUUGUGGUCGACUGAUCGUCAGCGAAACUGCUGUUUUGCGUUUGUCUUAAUAAAUUAUAUGUCUGCCCCGUAAUGAAAAAAAUUGAUUUCUGUUUGUUUAA